AUGUUUAAAAAAACUUUUCCAAAAUAUUUACUCAUAGCUUUAGCAAUAAUAUUCUGUUUUCAUUUUCUAUUUACGUAUUUCAAUCCAAGUGUGAAAAAUCCUUGGAGUAUAAUAACUGAAGAUCAUUAUAUUGAUUCCGGCAAGGAUUCCCCAAUUAUUAAUAAUGAAAAAGUAACAAAUAAUAAAAUAAAUACUGGAGCACGCACUAUAACAAAAUCUAUAUUUAAAACAAAGAUAUUAACUACGACCAGUACUGUAACUGUUGAAAACACCAUUCAACCAACUCAAGUGCAAGAAGAAGAAAUAAAACAAACAGAUACUUUUGAAAAAGAAGAACCAACAAAACAAGAAACAAUUCCACCUCGCAAAGCAAAGGCAGCAUUUGUUGUAUUAAUAAGAAAUGACGAUUUGAAAAGUUUCAGAUACACAAUGGUUCAACUUGAACAACGGUUUAAUCGUAAAUAUAAAUACCCAUACGUAUUCUUAAAUGACGUACCAUUCACCGAAGACUUUAUGAAUCAAACUAGAAGUUUAACCGAGGCAAAUUGUGAAUUUGGUUUAAUCCCAGUGGAGCAUUGGAGUGUACCGUCUAGUAUCGAUAAAGAACUUAUGGAAUCUGCGAUGAAACAAAUGACUGAAGAACGUGUAAUUUAUGGCGGAAGUCUAAAUUAUCGACAUAUGUGCAGAUUUGAAUCAGGAUUCUUUUAUAGACAUGAAUUGUUGAAAAAUUAUGAUUAUUAUUGGAGGGUCGAGCCUGGAGUUGAUUUCUAUUGUAAUAUAGAUUUUGAUCCAUUCUUAUAUAUGCAAGACAAUGAUAUUAAAUAUGGAUUUACAAUAUCGUUAUAUGAAUACCCAAGAACAAUAGAAUCACUGUGGGGUACUGUAAAGGAAUUCAUAGAAAUGUACCCAGAAUACAUUGAAGAAGAUAAUUGGAUGGAUUUCGUAUCAAAUGACGAAGGAGCAACUUAUAAUUUAUGUCAUUUCUGGUCGAACUUUGAAAUAGCCGAUUUGAGAUUAUGGAGAGGUGAAGCUUAUAGUAAAUUUUUUAAAUUUUUGGAUGACAAAGGUGGAUUCUUUUAUGAAAGAUGGGGUGAUGCGCCAGUUCAUUCAAUAGCAGCAGCUUUAUUCUUAAAGAAGCAUCAAAUACACUACUUUAAUGAAAUAGGAUAUAAACAUAAUCCAUUCAUGCAUUGUCCAGUCGAGGAAGAAUUCAGAGGAAGAUGUAGUUGUGAUCCUCACCAGACAUUUGAUAAUGAAGAAUAUAGUUGUACUAGGCU